UGUGUUAUGCCCAGACAUGCCUUUUUAGCCUCUUGCCAUCUCUCCCAAUCCCUGCCUUGUUUUCAUGUUUAAUUUUGUUCCUCCUCAAACUUCACCCAGCAGCUGCUGUUCCGAAGCUGGAUCUGGUUACAUUAACAAAGAACAAAUGCUGUUUGUGUCCAACUUUGGAAGAAACCUCAAAGGGACUACGGUUGUACUUUGUGAAUUAAAAAAAGAGCUCUUUCAAUAAUCCAAAUCAGUUAUAAUAAUAUCAAAUCUGCAAUUCCUCUCUUCCAUUGAUUUCGGGGAGCGAACGAGAAUUUUGAAAUAUGGGGAGACCCAGGAAAACCUCUGACUCUGCUGCAUCUCCCCGCCCAGCUGCUACAGCCCCCAAGGCAGGUCCGGGAACUCCUCGAUCAUCAGCCACCUCCAGGACCGUCUCCGCGACCGGUGCAAACUCGACGGCUGCGCCUGCGGCUCCUAAGAGUGGGAGCGGCAGAGGAUCAGGCCCUGAGAAGGCGGCCUAUUCCACAAAGCCUAGAGGAGCGAGGGAGGGUGGCCAGCCCAGGUCUGCAACGGCUUCUGAUGGCCAAUGCGGAGGUCCAAGGAAGAGCGAUGGAGGGGGAGCGGUCAAGAGCUCCGCGGCAUCGGGUGGAGUAAAGCCUUCCGCCGCUUCCAAUGCCGCGAGCAAAACCCAAGGCAGAGUGAGGGGCCUGCCUGCGCCUCUCUCCUCUGAACAAGUGGCUGAAGUCGAGAGGGAAACCCGGGGACAGUGGAGAAACCCCGAAUGGCACAAGUGGCGCGAGAACCGCAUCACGGCUUCCAUCGCUCCUAAGAUCUCCAACAGCAAGUUUGCAAAUGGCCGGACCACGGAAGUGCCUCAGUCGUACCUGAAACAAGUUGUGGGAUCGAGCUCUAAGGUACACACCCCGGCGAUGAAUUGGGGAAUCCGCAACGAGAAGGCGGCAGUGCAAGCUUACGAAGCCCUCAAGUCCACGGCGAAGAAACCGGUCAAGGUGAAAGACUGCGGCAUCUUCGUCGAUAAAGACAAGCCCUGGUUGGCUGCCAGUCCUGACGGCAUUGUCCAAGAUGCAAAUACCGGCAAGGACCUUCGCCUCUUGGAGGUGAAGUGCCCCUAUAAACACAGAAACAAGACGGUGGACGAAGCUUGCCGGGACCAGACCUUCUGCCUGGAAAACGAGGGCAGUUCCUACUCGCUGAAGAAAACUCAUCCCUAUUAUACCCAAGUUCAGUGUCAGAUGAAAGCCUCCGGCUUGAAGAAAACCGAUUUUGUCGUUCACACCAACAAAGAAACCGCAAUUGCCCCGGUGGAUUUUGACCCGGUGUUCUGGAAGCAAACGGUCCCCAAGCUGGAGAAGUUCUACACGGAUGCCGUGCUCCCUUAUCUGGAGGAGAAGAGCCCUUCUGCGGUCUGGGCCAGCGAAGAGUGAAGCUGUGGGGAGUUUCUGAUAUUUUCUUCUUUUUUUUUUCUUCUUCAGAAGAUGCGCCUUCAACCUGUUCGGUUAACCUGUUCUCCUUUAUCCUUCCUUUCUGGUCCAAGAGGACCAGAAUCGGUGGCGGCUUUUUGGUGUCCGAAGGCAGCUUUGCAAAUUCUGCAGAGCGGCCUAGAGCAGCGUUUCUCAACCUGGGUGGUUUUCAGAGGUGGACUUCGAACUCCCAGAAUUCCCUUGGGGAGGGCUAGAGAAUUCUGGGAGUUGAAGUCUACACUGUCUUAAAGUCAAGAUGGAGAAAUGUUGGCCUAAGGCAGGAGUCUCCAACCUUGGCAACUUUUAAGCCUUGCGGACUUCAACUCCCAGAAUUCCUCAGCCAGCACGUGGCUAAUCCUGCAUCCAACUGUAUUAAUAAUUUUGAUCUCAGCAGGUUUAGAAGAUUUUCGAAGAAACUGACUUAGGAAUUCUGGAAGUUGAAGUCCGCCAGGCUUAAAGUUGCCAAGGUUGGAGACCCCUGGCCUAGAGUAUAUAGCCCGCCUCUCUCUUUCUCUGCCUUUCAGUCAGCAUUUUAGAAAGCGGCAUUCCUCCUGGGAACGUGCGAAGCACCUCACCUACUAUCAGAACAGACCAACAAUGUCUAGACAGGCCCAGUUUUUCUCCUGCUGCAGAUCACAAUCAUCAUUGGUUAUUCUCUUUACCUGACCAGGCAAUAGGUAGUUUAAAAAAGAAAAAGAAAGACGAUAUUCUGGACUUAGCUGCUUUCUGAUUUCUAGAUCUAUUUCCAGGUAUCUUCCAUGGAGACGAUCUCAGAAAUGAAAAGAGUUUUUGCUUGAGACCCAGUAACUUUACCAGAAACGCUAAAAGGACCCGGAACGCAUGAUUAUUACGCUUACAACUGAAUACUUCGAUGUUUCAAUCCACGGCAGAGCUAAAUUGUCCUCAUCCAACCCGUUGCCAGUAUUUUCCUGGAACCUGCGUUAUCCAAGAAAUAUCCAGCGUGCUAACGAAGGCCACAAGUUGCAUGGAAGAAAAUAACCCCGAUUAAAAUUAAGAGCUGCAGGUUUUGUACGGGGAUCAAAAUAAAUCAAACUCUUCUGUUUCCUGCAUGCUCUCGGUUAUGUAUCUAGUAGUAGAGAAAGUUAGAUUAUCAUUUAGACCAGGGAUCUCCAACCGUGGCAACUUUCAGACUUGUGGAAUUCCGAGAGUUGAAGUCCAGAAGUCUGAAAGUUGCCACGGUUGGAGACCCCUGAUUUAGGCAGAGGAUAGAGGUGCUGACCCAGUCUAUUUCAGCACAGGUGUAGAAGUGCAUCUUCGCUUAGGAAGUUUAUAUAAAAAAAUUUGUAAUUAAAAAAAAAAGAUAUAUUUUGAGAGAAUUUCAACUGAGUUUCUGAAGUGUUUAAAAAAAUAAUUAAAAAUGUAAUGGGGGGGGGAUGGUAACUGACUUAUUUUUUGUAAAGAAGCCUUGAUAUUUUUAUUUGGGGCGCAUUAAAAAGCAAUUCCUUCUGUUUGUUCUUUGGGCCUUUAGUUAUGAAAAUAAAAAUAAAUCUAUCCUG